AUGUCUAAAAUUGAUAUGUCACCGCCUCAAACAUAUUCGCGCCUAUUUCGUCCAUGGGAUAAUACAAAAUUAACAAAUCGUAAAGAUACCGGAGAAAUUUUUGUACAAAAUGAAUAUGAAUUAAAUAAUACAACAGCAUUGGCUGCAAUAACUGCACCAUUUGCAUUACAAAAUGCAUUAAUCGAUCCAUUAGGAUUAUCAUCAACAGCAAUAGCAGUAACAGCAUCUGAAUAUUAUUUUGAAUCAUCAAUAAUUAAUAAUAAUGAAUUACAACAACAAUCUGUUUCAACAAUAAUUGAUCCAUUAGCAAUUAGUUUUAUGGAACAUGAAUAUGCUCGAGUUAUGGCUGAAGAUGCACAUUUAAAAGCAUUAAAUGCACGUAAACAGAGACCUAAAAAAUUCAAAUGUCCACAUUGUAAUGUAGCUUUCUCGAAUAAUGGACAACUUAAAGGGCAUAUUAGAAUUCAUACAGGUGAAAGACCAUUUAAAUGCGACCUUGAAACAUGCGGGAAAACUUUUACAAGAAAUGAAGAAUUAACACGUCAUAAAAGAAUUCAUACAGGAUUACGACCCUAUGGUUGUUCAAAUUGUGGUAAAAAAUUUGGUAGACGAGAUCAUUUAAAAAAACAUAUGAAAACUCAUAUGCCACAAGAAAGACAUUUAGGACAUGCAAUUUAUGUGCCUAUGUACCCAUAUUUAUAUGGCUAUUAG